GGGGAGGCCGCUUUGUGCGCCUCGCAGAUGCGGAGUAAACGGACGUUGGAGCAAACGAGCGCUCACACACACACAGGACUAUAACCCUGACGCAACUCUGCUGCCUUUACCCCUCAGAGGAAACAUAAACAAGAACUCUGUCAAUUUGCUGCUCGCAGUUUUCCCUCGUGUUUACGGAAAGUUGAGUGGAAUACUGCCUUGAACUUCCUAUACGCCUGGAAGCCAAAGGAGAGAAAGGUUCCUUCAACCACAAAAUGAAACCUGAACUGAAGGAGCAGGAUGGCUGCAAACUCUAAACACCUGGCACUACGCUUGUUUUGACGACAACUCGUCGCAUCUAAAGGAGCUUUGACGCGGAACUGCGAGCCUAGUUUCUGAUUUGGACCGUAGCUGAGAGGCUGCCGUCAUGCCUAUUCUCAAGCAGCUAGUGAACAACUCCAACCAGCACAAGAGGAGGUCUCGGGCCGACCUGACGGCCGAAAUGAUCAGCGCGCCGCUGGGGGACUUCCGGCACACCAUGCACGUGGGCCGGGGCGGGGACGCCUUCGGAGACACCUCUUUCCUCAGCACCCGGUCGGGGGAGCCCCCGAGGGAGCACCACGAGAAACAGGACUCGCCGGGUCCCAGACCGGGGCUGCUGUCCCGCACCUUCAGAAGCAGCAAGCGGUCCCACUCUGUCAACCGCGCAGACCGGUACCAGCACAGCGCCGCUCUGCCUUCUGCCGGCUCGUCUCAGUUUGUCAAAACCGCCACGUCCUUGCCUUACCUGAACGACGAGAGUUCGAGCCGAGGCGGCCAGCUGCCGAAGAGCGCCUCGUCCAGUCCCAUGAAGACGCUGGCCGAGAUGGACAACAGGCCGAUGAACGGAGGGGCAGCCAUGGCCACGUUGGACGCGGAGCUUGACGAGCGGAACUUCGGCGAACUGAAAGAGCUGCCUCAGUCCAUGCCUAAAGGAAGCGGGAUGAAGCACGCGGAAUCCAUAAUGUCCUUCAACAUCGACUUGGGCCCCUCGAUGCUCGGCGACAUCCUGAGCGUGAUGACGAAGAAAAGCUGGGACGAGGACGACCUCGGCUACGAGGAGGGCAAAGGCGGCGAGGAGCGUGCGUCGCCGUCCUACAUUCCCCACAUCGACGACGACGACGCAGAGGAGUGGGCGCCUUCAAGACCGCCUCGCGGUCAGCUCCAGCAGCAGGCGGCGGCGGACCCCUACGUCCCGGCGCUGAACGACAGGAACGGCCAGCACAACGUGGACAGCUGCUCCGUGUCCAGCUCCGGCUCAGAAAAGCCUCAGUACAGCCGGCACGACGGCGACACGGACAGCGCCAAGUACAGUUCGCCGCGCGGGGAUGACGACUUCGCCUUCAUGGAUCAGGAGGACGAUGAGAUUAGAGUUUAGAUUCGGCAAAAACGCCGUGCCACAAAGGAGAAAGCAGAACUUAGGAGUCCGUCAUAGGAGGACAUUCCAGUCAGGGUCAGCUGAGGUUUUUACUCUAGAUCUGUCUAAUUUUAGAUCAGUUUUUUAUCAACACUAUAAAUAAAACCUAUUAAGCCUUUUUUUUUUUCACUUUAGCAAAGGGACCGGCAUAAAGACUGCUUUAAGAGAAAAACUGAUAUUUUUUUGAAAUGUUGGUGUUGGUGGAUGCUAUUUUUUACCAGAUGUCAACUCAAGAGUACAUUAUUUUCCACAUGUCUGAAAUGAUAAAGGCGAAGAAAAGUCAGCAGGGAAAAAGUACCUAUUUUUAAAGGAAGUAAAAGGUGGCAGCAGGAUCGGUGUACGGACAGUGCGGGCGUGUUGUCGGAUUCCUGUUGAACGUGCAGGUGAAGAACAAGAAAUGAAACUCUGAUAGGUUUGUAAUCCCAGCAGUUUAGAGGUGUAGACACUACACAGACGGAGUUAUUACUCUCGCUCACGUCUGGGUUUGCUAUUCUUAAAUCAUUUUGUGUACAGACACUAUCAGGAAGUCAGUCAAGCACAGCCUCUUGUAUCUGAGGUGGGUUUAUUACAGUCGCCUUUUUUUUUUUUUUUCCUAAAUUCCUCUGUGAGCUGUAAAAUCUUUAUUUUUGUUUCUUUAUCAUAUUUGUAAGGGAUUGAUUGGUUGUAAUGUGAACUUCAGAGUCUUAAAAGGUUUUGUUUUAUUUGGUUGUGGUACUACUUUAUGGUACUAUACUGUGAUCAAGCUCUAUGAAGCUAAGUAUUGAACUCGAGACUAGAUUUUUGGAUGUCGCAUGACUUCUGCUGAAAACAGAAGGCUUUGUAUCACGUGGACUUUUAUCAGCGUGAAGACAUCAUGACGCCUCAUAUCAGUUUUAGUGCUUUCUCAAGACGCUGCUGCACAACAAAAAGUGCCGUGCAACUUUUAGGCCUUCUGUAAAGUGUAGAGGGCUUUUUCUAUGUAUUCUUUCUUUUUAAAUAUGCAGGAGUUAUGGUAUUUUUUUUUCAGGACUUUGGAACAUUGGCUAUCAAAAGUCUGCACACUCCUUGUUAAAAUGCCAUGUUAAUAAAAUAAAAAAAAGCCAAACCUUUUUCACAUAUAAGGUGGCAUUUUUCCUUUUGUAAGCAAACAAAUUUGUUACAGUACAAAUAAUAAUAAUAAAAAAAUGCAGUGUAUUGCCACCCUCCGCAUUCCUUUAUAACUUUCAAGGCAGAGUUAAAAUGCUGUUUUAUACUCUAUUCUCUCCAAAAUUACUGGAUCGCCGUGAAUUGUACGAGAGCACCUGUUAAUGCAGUUUCAGCAUCUUUAGUUCAAACCCUCCCAUUAUGGUAAAUCUGACUAACGAGAGGAUGGAGGUCCACAAUGUGCUGCUUCUGGUUUACAUGUGACAGAAGCCUCCCUUUUUCUCCAUUAUGUCUGGACAACGUUGCAGAGUUUAAACAGUUAUGUUCUUCCAAACAGAUUACUCAAAACCUUAUGGGAAAAGUGUUUACCGGUGUAAUUAAAAUCAAGCUCUUAUUUAUUUUAUUUAGACCAUAAUUUCAAGUGUUUGGCAUAAAACACAAACAAUGCGAGGUCACCUUACCCACAGUGGAUGAUGAUGAUAGUGGUGGUGGUGGUGGCAGCAAUGUGCUCUCAGGUUGCUUCUCUUCACAUAAAACAGAUUUUUCCAAAAAUGGCAACAUUUUUGACUGUCCAGUGUUGGCCUGAAACCUUCAGUUGUCUGCUAGAAAUCGGAAUAUGCGGAGGGAUUACAUUUUGCAGCUUCGCAGCUAAUCCAAGAUGGCGUCUAAGUCAGCAAAACAAUGGCUUCACCACGAGAAAACGAAAGGUUUGGAACGGCCUUGGCUCACUCCAGAUCCGAAUCAAAUAGAAAGUCUGAGGGCUCACUCUAUGAGGGAUGCGGGGAAAGAGAUCUGACCACAACCUGAUGGAUUUGAAAAAUGCUUUACAAGAUUGAGUUGACGAAUGUUGCCCAGUCGAGAUGCGUUAUGCUGAUCGACUCCAACCAAAGAAGACUGGACGCCGAAGCUGAAUCAAGAUGCUUCAACAUAGUAAUCGUUUUGGAACCAGGUCAUUCCAGCUUUUAUUUAUAUUUUUUAUUCCUGUCAUCAAUUUUUUUGUCGGCUUGGGCAGGAUAAAUAUCACAUUAUAUGUGGAAAAUGGUUCAAAUGAGCUACCCUGGUCUCCGAACCUGGCAUUUUAACAGGGGGGGGGGGGUUCACCUUUGAACGGAGCUGAAAUAUUAGGUUAGUGGCGACAAUAAGACAUUUUUUUUUACAGCCAGUGGCUCAUUUGUGAAAGCAGAAAGGGGAAGUAAAAGUAUGUACAAGCGUUGAAGCACAGUGGAUUGUGAAAGUCUAGGUAUGUCUUUGAGCACUGAGAAUGGAACAUUUCUGCUGAGCUGACCCAAAUCACAUGUUAGGAAUCGAAUUAACAAAUCAAAUGAACGGGUCUGUUUGGUUCAUUAAAUGUGCUCAAUUGCCUGAGCCCCCCGUUAGCAGCUGGAGCUGCUCUGGGAGCAGGCAGGUGGACCUUUUUCGUCUUCAGCUUCUUGUGCCCGGUAGGGUAGGAUCUGCUGUACACUACAGGCUCAGCUAUAAAUUAGAGAGGCGUACUUUACUACAUCUGAGAGAAAUGCAAGCUUUUUAUCCAAUUUUGUGUUAGAAAACUAAUUGCCACCUUUUAUUAAACGGGAGCUUUGAAUUUUCUGCUGUGGGGCGGAUGCAGGUGUGCGCACACAGACUCAGGAUGCUGUGCCAUUCUGCCUCGAGUUGUUUCAAGAGUUGGAGCAAAUCUGUUUUCAAGAUGCUUCCAAGUUUAAAGUUCUCCGCAGGAAGUUGUAAAGCACGUUGAAGCUUGACUUCUUUAAGGUUUCUGGACUUGAUAAAGACACUAAAUGGUUUUGUUCCCACCCCCAUCAGAUCAGGAAUCUGUUGGCCUUUGUCGGAGAAAUGUCACUUAGUGUCCCUUGCAGCGAAUGUCUAGUCUUCCCUCAGCUGUAUUAAGCUCCUGAAGAGAAUCACAAAGCUGACAGAAAUUUGUCUCAUUGUCUGCAAACUGUAUGGGUCAAAAUAGCGCUGUUUUGGGAGAUUAAUGUUUGCUUCAUUUUCUAAAUUUAACUCAUGUUUGUCUGCAUACUUAUCUUAAGCCAAAUCUCUAAACCGACGACAUCCCUAUUAGGUUAUUAUUGUCAGUCCUUUUGAUUUUUAUUAUUGUCAAGUCAUUAGAUUUUUCAUAUGUUAUGUAUUUUGGAGAAAUGUUAAGAUCUUUCUGGUGUUCCAACAUGUAAUCUGUGUUUUCUGAAAAGAAGGACAGAACAUUGUUUCUCAUUUUUAUCAUGAAAUGAAGAAACGAACGCUCGUUAUCUGCGGUUUUGUAAUUAGUGCCAUUAAAAAUUCCAGAGAACAAUCUUUUUUUUUUUUUUAUCAGUAGUUUGACCGACUGUUAUGAUGGAGCCAGAGGAAUGAUUUAAGGCAGAAUGGGAAGUUUGCAGUCACAUUAUACUGGCGGGGUUUGAGCUAUUUACACCGAUCCACUGGCAUUUAAACUGUUGGUGUUUGAGGUAAUUGCAGAAUUAUGAAAAAGUAUACUAAAUUGCACUGAAAUGCUUCUCUUUUUUUCGUCCGCUUUUUUCUUGUACCUCUCUGAGGGGAAACUCCAAAGUGAACCAGAACAAAUGAUGUAAAAAAAAAGAAAAGAAUUGCAAAUGCUGCCUGCCUAAGGUCUGCUUGGGUUUUCCACCCCUGACUGCAAAAAAAGAGGAAAAAAAUAACAACUUGUAAGGUGUUUUUUCUCCCUGACCUGUGGCUGUAAUGUUAUGCCAAGUAUGUACUGUCUUCAUUCCUCUUCCAAAUUCUGAUUUUACUUUAUAUUAAUAUAUUCACCCCCUCCCCUAACUCUCUUUUCUCUUAAAUAAUGGCUAUAUUUUUCAAUAAAAGACAAAGCUGGUAAUCUUCAACAAAGA